AUGCUCGGGAAAGUCAUUCUUGAAGAGGCCUUCGCCCUUCCUCGACUGGAAGAGAAGACAAGAUGGUGGGCAGGGAUGUUCAGUACCGAUCCAGAGGAGCAUGUCCAGGAGAUCCAAGACCUGACGGACAUACGGCUCAAGCAUGCUGACAAGCACGGUGUUGGCUACACAAUCGUAUCAUACACAGCACCAGGUGUUCAAGACAUCUACGACGCAAAGGAUGCUCAGGCACUUGCCGUUGAGAUCAAUGACUAUGUUGCUGAACAGAUUAAGCCAUUCCCGGAUAGGCUGGGAGCAUUCGCAACGCUUUCAAUGCACGACCCAACCGAAGCAGCGGAAGAACUACGUCGAUGCGUAACCAAGUACGGCUUUAAGGGAGCCCUUGUCAACGACACACAACGUGCGGGCUCUGAUGGAGAGACGCUUAUCUUCUACGACAGCCCUGAGUGGGAUAUCUUUUGGAAGACAUGUGUCGAGCUCUCAGUACCUUUCUAUUUGCACCCACGCAACCCGACCGGCGUCGUCUUUGAGAAGCUGUGGAAAGAUCGCCAGUGGCUAAUUGGCCCGCCUCUCUCCUUUGCCCAUGGCGUCAGUCUCCACGUUCUGGGUAUGGUCACCAACGGGGUAUUUGACCGCAACCCCGAGCUACAAAUCAUCCUCGGCCACCUGGGUGAGCACAUUCCAUUUGACAUGUGGCGCAUCAACCACUGGUUUGAAGAUCGUAAGAAGCUGUUAGGACUGGACUGCAAGAAGACGAUCCGCGAGUACUUCAACGAAAAUAUCUGGAUCACAACCUCGGGCCACUUCUCCUCUACGACGCUCAAUUUCUGCGUCAACGAGGUCGGUUCGGACCGCAUCCUAUUCUCCGUCGACUAUCCCUUUGAGCAUUUCAAUGACGCGUGUGAUUGGUUCGAUAAUGCCGAGAUGAGCACGAGGGAUCGUGCUAAGAUUGGACGAGAGAAUGCCAAGGCUUUGUUCAAGUUGGGCGAGUACAAGGACUCAAAUGCUAAGGUCAUUUAG